AUGGAUCCGGCGAAGACUCCGCUUGGCAAAAUGCUACUGGAGGAGAUCACUCCGGUGGUCAUGGUCCUCCGCACACCUCUCGUAGAAGAAUCUUGCCUCAAAAACAGCCUCUCCUUCAUCGAAAUGCUUACUCCCUUUUGCAACUUCCAUAACAUCGACGUGCCUGUACGGACCUCGAGUGAUCAACCUUAUAGGCUACAGAAGUUCAACUUGAGGUUGUUUUAUGAGUCUGAUAUCAAGCAGCCGAAUCUCGAGGUAGCGAAGGAGCGAUUAAAGCAGGUUAUUACCGAGGCAGGAGAGAGAGAUAGUUCGGAAUUGUGCACGGAUCUUCCUGAUAUUAGCAAUGUACUUGCGAGCUCCAAGUCUGAAAUAUCACCAUUUUGGUUUGAAUUUUUCAACAAAGAGCUUGUACGUACUGUCUCUUUUUCCGAGCAUGAGGCUUUUGAUCAUCCCGUGGCAUGUCUUUUGGUUGUUUCUUCAAAGGAUGAACAGCCUAUCAACAAAUUUGUGGACCUUUUCAACACUAACAAGUUGCCCUCUCUUCUCAAUGAUGGUGAAAUGGACCCAAAGAUUUUGAAACAUUAUGUAUUGGUGCAUGAUAAUCAAGAUGGUCCUUCAGAGAAGUAUGGUUGUCUUCACUUUCUUGUUAUGGCAACUAAAAUACUAGCAGAGAUGAAAAAUACUUUUGGUUCUAAUGGCUGUGACUUGCUUUGCAUCAAUUCUUCUCAAGUUGAGCAGAUAGAACAUCAAGAUAAUCCUUGGGCUCCUUACAUAAAGGAUUUGAUACAAGAAUUAACAUCUAAACACAUUAUUCCUUACAUGGAGCAGAAAGUUCGUGUGCUCAAUCAGCAGGUUUCCGCUACAAGGAAAGGCUUUAGAAACCAAAUUAAAAACUUAUGGUGGAGAAAAGGGAAAGAAGACAUACCAGAUUCCUCCAAUGGCCCCAUGUAUACCUAUAGCUCCAUCGAGUCUCAGAUCAGAGUUUUGGGUGACUACGCAUUUAUGUUAGGAGAUUAUGAACUUGCAUUGUCAAAUUAUCGCCUUAUUUCCACAGAUUAUAAGAUUGAUAAAGCUUGGAAGCGCUAUGCUGGUGUGCAGGAAAUGAUGGGGCUUACGUACUUCAUGCUGGAUCAAUCGAGAAAGGAAGCAGAAUAUUGCAUGGAAAAUGCAUUUAACACUUAUUUAAAACUUGGGUCUUCUGGUCAACAAAAUGCUACGCGCUGUGGUCUUUGGUGGAUAGAAAUGUUGAAGACAAGAGAUCAAUAUAAAGAGGCUGCCACUGUUUACUUCCGCAUUUGCAGUGAGGAACUUUUACAUUCAGCUGUUAUGCUUGAGCAAGCAUCUUAUUGCUACUUGUUGUCCCAACCACCCAUGUUACACAAGUAUGGGUUUCAUCUUGUUCUUUCUGGCGAUCGGUAUAAAAAAUGUGAUCAGAUUAAACAUGCAAUUCGCACAUAUAGAAGUGCUGUCUCAGUAUAUAAAGGAACCCCAUGGAGCUAUAUCAAAGAUCAUGUUCAUUUCCAUAUUGGCCAGUGGUAUGGUUUUCUUGGGAUGUAUGAUGUUGCUGUCACACAUAUGUUGGAAGUCCUGGCCUGCAGUCAUCAGUCCAAGACAACACAGGAGUUAUUCCUCAGGGACUUUCUUCAAAUUGUUCAGAAAGCAGGGAAAACAUUUGAGGUAUUAAGUCUUCAGUUGCCUGUUAUCAACAUCUCAUCUCUUAAGGUCUUUUUUGAAGACCAUCGAACCUAUGCAUCGCCUGGAUCAACUAGUGUUAGAGAAAGUGUGUGGCGUUCAUUAGAGGAAGACAUGGUUCCUUCAUUGCCUUCUACCAGGACUAACUGGCUGGAACUACAAUCCAAUCUUCUGCCAAAAAGAUAUAAAGAAUUGAACAUCUGUGUGGCUGGAGAAGCAAUAAAGAUUGCUAUUGAUUUUAAGAACCCCCUGGAAAUCCCUAUUUCAAUCUCUAGUGUUUCUUUGAUUUGUGAGCUUUCUGCAAUAUCAGAUGAAACGAAAUAUGGUGCUUACUAUUUUAAUGCCGAUGUAGAUGCAAGUUGCUCAACUGCUGGACUCUGUAAUGAUGAAGAAUGUAACAACUUGAGAGAGAUAAUAGCAGACACUUCCUCAUUUUCCUUUUCUGAGGUCAACAUCUCAUUGGGAGGGGGUGAAACCAAUUUGGUGCAAUUAACAGUUACUCCUAAAGUAGAAGGCAUUCUUAAAAUUGUUGGUAUCAGAUGGAAAUUAUCAGGUUCUGUGAUUGGUUUCUUCAGCUUUGGGUCCAAUACUGUGAAAAAGCAAGUUGCAACGGGAAGAAGGAAAGUUAAGCAUUCACCUGGCAAUGACCUGAAGUUUAUAGUGAUUAAGAGUCUACCCAAGCUUGAGGGCUCCAUUCGUGCUCUACCUGAAAAGGCAUAUGCAGGACAUCUACAGCAUCUUGUUUUGGAGUUGAAAAACCAAUCAGAAUUUUCUGUAAAGAAUUUGAAAAUGAAAACGAGUCAUCCUAGAUUCCUAAAUAUUGGGAAUCAAGAAGAUUUGAAUGUAGAAUUUCCUGCAUGCUUAGAGAAGAAAACAAAUGUUACUGCACAUGCUAAUCCUAAAAAAAUAUCUCAUGGUGUUUUUCUAUUUCCAGAGGAUUUCUCAGUGCAAGGGGAGAAUCCACUAUUUUGGCCUCUUUGGUUUCGGGCUGCUGUUCCUGGAAACAUCUCCUUGCAAGUGGUAAUAUACUAUGAGAUGGGAGAUCUAUCAAGUGACAUGAGAUACCGCACUCUACGCAUGCAUUAUAAUUUGCAGGUACUACCAUCACUGGAUGUGUCAUUUAAAAUCAGUCCCUGUCCAUCAAGAUUGCAAGAGUUCCUUGUGCGCAUGGAUGUUGUCAACAAAACUAACUCAGAGAGCAUCCAGGUUAAUCAGCUAUCAACCAUUGGAAGCCAGUGGGAGAUUUCACUGCUUCAACCCAUUGAUACUAUCUUCCCUUCGGAAUCUUUAAUUGCUGGCCAAGCAUUUUCAUGUUUCUUCAUGCUCAAGAGUUGUAGGAAAUCAUCAAGUACCGAAGAAAAUACCUCAUCUCUCUCCCCUCGCAUUGGAAGCAGUGUAAGUUUGGUUCCUGAUGGUAGCAAAGAAGCUCCUUUCGAUAUAUCUAGCUCGCCUUUGGCUGAUUUCCACGAUUGUGAGAGGUUGCAGCAUAGAAUCUCUGAUCAGGAAGCUGAAAAUACAGUGGACUUUAUUUUGAUCUCUCGACCACUGAAAAGCAACAUUGAGCCCGGAAUUUCAGAUGCUUAUCAUGUGUUUUCUCAUCAUGCAUGUCAUUGCAGGCAAGAAUGUGCAAAUUUCACUGCAAGCACGAGUCCAAUAUCAUGGGUUGUCCAUGGACCUCAAACCAGACAUCAUGACUUUUCUACUUCAUAUUGCGAAAUAAAUUUGAGGAUGACUAUCUACAAUUCAUCGAAUGCUCUUGCAUCUAUAGACAUCAAGACCCUAGGUACCACCAGUAUUGGUGAUCCGUCAAGUGAUGCAACCGCUGCCACUUCUGGAAACCAAGUUGGAUGGCAUGAUGUGUCUCUAUCGAACGACGUUAAAAUAGCACCUGAUGCACUCAGAACCCAUGUUAGAAAGUCACUAUCAUCAGAAAGUGUCUCUCCAUUCAUUUGGUCUGGCUCAAGCUCAACCAGAGUCCAACUCAAGCCACUGUCCUCAACCGAAAUUCCUCUUCAGAUUUGUGUAUUCUCCCCUGGGACUUAUGAUCUGUCAAAUUAUGUUUUGAAUUGGAAUCUUCAGCCAGUUAAUGGUCAUAAAAAUGUAGGGGACAGAAUACAGUCUUCAGGGACAAUCUCGGGAUAUCCAAACUAUCUUACUGUUCUCCCGUCAGACUGA